AUGGUUUUGAAUCCCUUGAGAGGAUACCAUAAGGAAGGAAGACCUAGGUCUUCAAGCUCAAUCACCUCCACUCUCAAUAGACUUCAAAGCCGCAUGUCAUCUCCAACAAGGUCGAAGUCGCCCAAAAAAAUCAAAACUGCUUUUGACAACUUAUCUGAUAUCGGUUCUGCGGCACCGUCUCCCAAGUUGAAGGAAGAGCCGACAAACUUUGGCUCUACAAACGAAUAUGGAAGCCAGCGAGGUUCCUUGUGUAGUAUGGUAUCUCACGUGGAGAAUAUGAUACCAAUUUCCAUAAGCCCAGAUCCGUUGGCAAACGAUCCACCUCAGCAUAAGGACUCAGAAAAUUGCCCUUCAUUCAGAAACAUUCUGGUUGUUGAUUCCCUCAGAUCUUAUUUAACGUCAGGGCCUACAGACGAAGAAACUAGGCCGAUCUUGCCUGUCUGUGAGGCGGAUUGUGCCUCCGAUACCAGAAAUCCCAAGCCCAGAUACCACCAGUACCUUAGAGGUCUAAAGGGGUUCAUUUCCAGCAACAGGUUUGCCUUCGGCUUAGUUGGUUUUGGAUUCCUUAUUGUUUCAACCCUUAUACUCGUAUUCAGAGUUUGGGUAUAA